AUGAUUAAGCGUGCUAUGCAAGAAGACGAGCAGGCCCUACAAUAUCUGGACAUGGAAGACAGCUACGUCACACCAAAAAGUGAUUUGCCGCCAGAGUGGGUGGAAAUGAAGUGUGAUUACAGGGAGACAGUGGCUUUGUAUGUGGCAGCAAAGAAGCUGGGGAUGCAAAGGUAUCAAUCAAUGUCUCGAAACUGUCUGAGAUGUACGAGGCAACUAGCCAGAAUAAAGUUUAACAAAGAGUUUCCGGAGGACAGUUAUUCUGUAGAGAGAGAAGAUAUCCUCGAAGAAAUGGCGCUCAUGUCCUGUGAUCCUUUUCCAGAACAAUUGAACAGGACACUCUUCCAGCAAGAAAUAAACGAAGAGUUUCAAGAUUCAGAUGAUGAUGAAGAUAUCAUUCCUCCGACGCCAAGGAAGAAAAAGUUGACUUCACAAGACUCAGAUGAAGACCCUACUCCAACACAAGACUCGGAUGAAGACCCUACUCCAAAAAGACCAAGGAAGAGAAAGUUGACUUCACAAGACUCGGAUGAAGACUCUACUCCAAAAAGAAAGCGUAGCCAUCACAGCCAAGUUAAAUGCAAGGUGCCUGGCUGCAAGUUUCAUGGCCAAGACAUAAAAAGGCACUUGCGGACACACGUCAAGAAGGGAGAGCUGGAGGCUGAAAAUAUCGAAGCCAUGGCGGAACUGUGUCGGCAUGGAAAACGGCAAAGGGGGCCAGCAUUCAGACCAGCAAACACGAAAACGCAGAGUGCCAUGAGGCGAAAAAAAUGGUGCCCUAUAGACAACUGCACCACUGUGACAAGCUAUAUGGACAAACACUUACGAAAUGUCCACAAACUGAGUAAAGAUUCCGUGGAGUAUAGAGUCAAGCUGAAGGCAGCAAAGCCCUACAGUGGACUUGGUGAAGUCCAUGCCCUUGUAAAGGACAGAGAAGAAUCUUUAGGAGAAGGGAAAGAACCUUCAGAGGAAGAUGUGCCAGUUCUGCUUUCAGAGGCAGGGGAAGAUGUGAUAAAGCCGGCGGACCCAUCAAGAGGUAAAGGUGAUGAAGAUGAUGGACAAAAGGAAGAAGAUAAUGAACAUGAUGUUGACGAAAAUAAUGAUGAUGACGACGAAGAACAUGAUGAAGAUGACGAAGAUAAUGAAGAUGAUGAUGACGAUGACGAAGAUAAUGAGGAUGGUGAAGAUGACGAAUAUAAUGAAGAUGAUGAAGAUGAGGAUAAUGCAGCAAAGAUUAAAUCCCAACCUGGAGCCUUGGAGUACUAUACCGCAACUAAAUACGAUGACAACAGACAUCAGUGGCUUUGCGGGUUUUACAGGUACCUAGGCCUACCAGAUGCUGGAUACAAAAAAGAUGCACUAAAACUCCAGCACGUUGGCCAGGUAAAGCUUCUCCUUGAAGCCCUUGAUAAAGAUGGAGAUGAUAUAACGGUGCUCGGUGAAGAGCAAGGCCAUGCAGUCUGGUCGAGAUGGGUAGAUCCUCAACUACAAAGUGGAAAGACAGCCCGGGAACAAUAA